UAUUCUACUUAAACUAUACUUUGUGAGCAUUUACUCUCAUGUAAAGGACAACAAACUUUGUUUUCCCUUUAUGGACUGUGUUUUCAAUGAGUAGUACUACAGCUGCCCGUUGCUCAUACUGAUUUGCAUUCCUGUCCAUGUUAUGUAACAUUUUUGUCAGAAAUGAAAAAAGUAUACAGUUAUUUCUAAAGAGAACCUCAUUUUAGUUUUCAUUAUCAUCAGUUGUUCCUUUUUACUUCUAAAUGUUGUAAAAUGCAACAAAUAUGGUCAUUAUGAAUGCAAAAUUUAUGGACAGCAACAUAAAAAACAUACCUCAUUUGUUAAAAGUCUGAGGAUUCAUUUGAAUUGACUAUGUGUAAUGACUCAUGUUUUUAUAAUUUUUACCAAAACAAAACUUUACAUAAAUUAAUUUAUAAAGUUUUCUACAAAUAACCAAACCAAUUAAAGACAUAUGUUGAAAUAAGUCCAGACAAAGAAAAAGUAUGAAACACGAUUGGCCAAUUAUUCAUAAACAGAAACCUAGAACUUUGGAAAGCCACCAUUUGAAAACAAUGUCUUCCGAGAAAAUGUUUUCGUUGGAGCUUUGGUCUGGGUUGUUAUAAUUGUAUGUGGGCGGUGAUGCUUUUGUACAGCUAAAAGAAUCAUGUUUAAAAUUACAGAUCUCAUUAUGGAACAAUUUUGCAUCUCACAUCUUUUACAGUUUGACUCUUUUAUAGCUGUAGUUCGAUUAGGGGACAGCUAUGCGCUAUUUACUUUUCUAUUAUGUGCAAUCCAAGUCUUACUUUUUGGCACAAGCCCCGGUGUGUGUGAGUUCAGUGUCCACUUCAACAAGAGCUCUUGCCAUGUCCGUGACUGCAGUCUGGAGGAACACACCCAGGUCAAGCUAACUGUGUGCGCCCUCAAAGACUGAUCGAAGCCAGCUGUCAGUAUGUCCACUUCUUUCUCUUCACAUCUUGGCAAUGAAAUAACUCACGGAUAAGAACGACCUCACAGCUUUUCACUCGAGACAGAGUGCGUGCAACAGGAAUAUCACCUUGUAAAAAAGAAAAAGCAAUACACAUACAUCAUGGUGUGAGACACUCUUCAGCAGUGAUGGCUGCUCUCAGCCCACCUGCCUGUCUGUGGUGUGCCCUGCUUUCAGUGGCAGUGUCCCUGGACCUGCGCGUGGCCUAUGUUACUCACAGUGGUCUGUACUAUUACUCCUGCUUGCAUGAGCCUCCUCCCUGCAGCCAGGCCACGCUCUCAGACUGUAGUUGUGAGGACCUGCAACUGUCCUCCCCUGCCCUUCAGGUUACACGUCUCACAGUUUGGUACACUUCAGCUGCCAGCACGGCACGACUUCUCAACAACUCAGUGGUGAGAAAUCUGACUCUUAUUCGCUGUGGAGCAGGUGGGCCCAGAGGAGCCGCCCCUCAAGACACUCUGAGCCAAGACAGAUACUUUGCAGUGCAGCAGUUAGAGUGGCUGAGUGUGGUAAAUCUACAGAGGAAACCCAUUCUGGAAGAAGCCCGAAACACAGGACCAGAGAUUGAGAAUGGAGCAGACCUGAGCACUUUUGUCAACAACAGGGUCACAGACACACACCAGGACUUAAACACAGAGGCAAAAAAAGAGUUCUUCGAUUUACUUCCUCCACAAAGCCAGGACCUCUUCCUUGGAAGGGAGAUGGGUGCUCCGUUCUAUGAGCAGGUCAGACUGGGAGUCAUCUACAGCUCAGUGCUGGAUUCUGGGGCAGAGCUCAAAGCCUACACUGUGCAGACGCACAUCGGCAGUGAUGGGCUGCUGCCUUUCCCUGAACUCCACCUGCCCCACCUCGAGGAGACCUCCACCAUAUAUGUCAGCUUUGUGUACUGACGCUAAUUGCUACUCAACGCAAAAAUACCCUGUUCCUCACUCCCAAAAAACAUUUGCACAAGAACAUUUGGCAUUGUUUUAACUGUACAUUUACCAUUUGACAGUUUGUGUUUUGUGGUGUGAUCCAAAUGCCUUGAAAUAGAACCUGAAAGUGUUUUAUGUGUUGUCUACUUUGGCAGCCUGCCAAUAUUCCAGCGACUUAUUUAUAUUUCCUCAAGAGGCAUAUCGUGUUCAUUUGCACAAUAGUAAAUUAUCUGCCCAUAAAAGAGGUGGUUCAAAGAAACAUAAAAACAAUGCUAAUAAUAUAGGCUAUAUAUAUAUUCCACAUAUGUCAGUGUUCCUUACUAUAAACUAUAGUUUACAUCUCUCCCCAAAUGAUUAAAAUGCAAAAAAAAAAAGGACAACAGAAAGAUUGUUUACAGGAAACAAAACUUCCUUAUGUCCACCACAAGAUGGCAGCAGAUGCAAUUUGAUAAGCGGUACAUUUAGAUAGGCCUAUCCCAAACGACCUCUAACAGCUGCAGAAAAGAGCCCUCGUAUGUUGAUGUUUUAUUUUUAUAAAGCGUGCAAUUUAAAGGUUAGGUUACUGUUCAGGUUCCAUGUUGGGUUUACGAAGCUUAAUUUAUUUACAGGUAAAAUACAAAAGGUGUAUCAAGAAAAUAAACUGCAUUAUUUCACUUUUUCAUGCUUUUUAUUGUGCAAACAAAUAUAUUAAUUAAAGAUAA